AUGGCCGCAGAGCCAUCCAGCACAUGGCACCCGGCUAUGCGACCUAAUAGCGUCGCCGAUGUUGUUGUCCCGAGUCACAAGUCCGAAACGGCUACCACCUUUGUAAAUACUACAGCGCAUGAACAUACGGAAUCCAGGGAGCAUGAUCCCACCGACCCAUGGUUCGACAAGGAGCAUGAAAGUGAGGACGAAGCCAACGCGUGGCUAAUAUCAGAAGACCCUGAAUCACCCAACUUCAUCGAUCCUACGCAACCAACACAUUCUUUACGACCCACAGAACCGGCCGGAGUGUCCGCCUCGGUAGAAACUCAUCUUCUUGAAAAACAAAAAGAGUCAGAAGAUGCUGCCAUCCCAUGGCUGACCAACGGUGACGAUGGCGACGGUGGCGCAAUGCUGCUCUCCAAGAAAGGGGGGUACCAUUCUCCAACCAAGGAUCCAGAGCAUAUUCUCGAAAUGAACUCCCGCGAUGAGAUGGCCCCUUACGACGCGCUGAACCAAGACCACACUCGAAUCACUGUAAAUGAGGCUAAAGAAACGGAACAUAUAGCCAAAGGCCCUUCAGUGCCCAUGACUCAGCACUCUAGCUCCAUGUCAUUUGCCCGUACUGUCUCCCACGAAAUUACUUUCGGCGACGAUGAUGACGGUGAAUGGAAUUUGGGUCGAUCCGACACCCACGUUGGCGCCAUGCCACCAUCGGAAAGGACGAAUUCGUUCCCGGUUGUCCAGCCCACGACUUCCUCCGAAUCCAACGACAUCCUACCACUCCCUUCCAAUCAGACCUUGGAUGUCAUGGCUGCAGAUGGGAAGGGCGCUGAGCUUGAGGGAGACGAAUAUAUGAUGCAAGGUCCCGGAGGCUUCAGCUCUGCAUCAUGGCAUAGACAAGUGGCCGCUCGAAGCAGUCAUGCGCCGUCACGAUCCAUUACCAGUGAAGUUGUGGACGUAACCACCCCCACUGGCCCGGCACGGUUCGAAGAAGAGACACCGAUGAUUGCGCGGGGCGAGGCGGGAACCGAGGCGCUGCAAGCCAAUGCCGAUCCAUUUGGAGACGACGAGGAAAAUGAGGAUGAUUUCUUUGCCCAGGUUCAGACGAAUGACUCGGACAGAAAUAUCGAACCUUCGGAGCGAGAAUGCACGACACAAGCCAUGCUAGCUAGGGAUGACGCCGGCACACCUUAUCGUCAGAGCACACCUCAGGAGACUAUUGAAGGAUACGCUGGAGAGUUCACGGAAGGAAUUGCACAGGGCGUUCCAGAGACAGUCGAAGCAGUGUCGGAAACGGAGGACUUGGCUUCCAAGUGGGAACAAGCCUUCGGGGAGGGCGACAACGAUGAUUUCCUUCUAGAUGAUCCAACAGCAGAGAACAAGGACGUUGAUGUGGCGGCGUUUCUAGGCAGUGAUGAUGAAGGACUUCUAGAUGAUGUGGUUGACGAACCUGCCCCAACCAUUGAAACAUCACACCACUUACAACGAGCGACGAACCCCUAUGCCCCGACGGAUUCCGCAGCCCAUCAAUCAACGCCCUACAACGCAACGGCUGCUACAGCCGCCUUCACUCAGCAUCUCUCCGUGAUACCGUAUGGUGGUACUACCGUUCUAUCCGGGCAAACAUCGACACCACCACAGUCUGAAGCUGCCAAAGCCCAGAGCUUUGCAGACAGAUCCAAGGGAGGGUAUGCUUCACCGUACGAUUUGCCCACUGAUCUGGUCACAAAAACCGUGAAGCCACGAAAGCGACCAAGUCUUCAACACGUCACUUCAGAAAGGGCUCCUCCGCCUCCCAGAAGUGCCAGCAUGUAUUCGCCAGGGCAGGCGUCGCCUGCUUCAUCAACCGCUCCGGCGUUGGCUAGUUACCCCCCGCCUGGUCUGGACACUCAACGGGAUGAAAAGACACCUGUCCCGGCUCUGCGCUCAAAGAACAGUUUCUUUGAGGAAUUGCCCUUAACGUCUAAGCCCAGAUCGGCCUCAAGACAAAGCCACCGGGCAUCUUCACCAGGCCAGUACGCACCGGGACUGCCUCAACACGGACCUCCACCCAUAUCACGAGCAGCACCUCCUCUGGCCCCAACAGCAAACCAACUCUCUACCCCUCAACAUUUGGCUGAGGAAACCCAGACAUCUCCUGGCGUGGCCGGCUUGGUUGUUCCUCCAAAGGCGAACCCUUAUUCCGCGCUCCAAUCCCAACACCCGUCCGUCACUCCCCCAACAAGCAGUUCUUCUCGAUACUCGCCCGCACCGGUAGCUCAACAAGUUAGUGGCAUUUCCAUAUCCAGCCGAUAUUCACCAGCGCCUUCUGUGGGAUCACGUCCAAACAGCUCAUAUGGCACUGGGCCCUCGCACAGUCUCCCUCAUCUACCGCGGACCUCGAGCCCGUUGGCGCACUUUGAGAGCAGCGGCACCGCUGAUGGGCAGCACCAUGAUCGUCGGACAAGCUCGUCAUUUGAGCCAAGAUUAAAUCGGGUCUCGUCUCUGCCCCCAACUCGAGAAGUGGACGAGGAAGACGAGGAAGCAGCAUCUCCUGGAAACGGGUCUUACAGCGCCAAUUAUGCGCCGACUGCCGACAGCGCAGAGUCGCGAUAUAGCCCAUCUUCACCAGUUUGUGCAGCUCGAUACACACCUCCUCUGCCCUCUACCACUAAUGGGCCCGCUGCUACUCUUUCACCCACCAAGAGAAGCUAUUCUCAUCUACCCCAACAUGUGGCAGCGCCUGUUCAAGCCUCAUUUGCAGCCCCUCCGCGAGCCCAAACGAACUCCCCUGGUGUCAUACAAAACGUUGGUAGAAAGGGCAGCAAAUCAUCCGAAUCUGGCCCUCGUCCUUCUUCCUCUCACGCAUCGACUGCACCUGCGAUGACAAAAUUUACUCAGUCAUCAUAUACCCCUAUUACCCGUGCGCGUGGUCAGUCACUCACCAAUCUGAUGCCACCCACCGAUGGCAGAGAGCAUGAUCCUCUCGAAAGGUGGAAGGGAGCUCCAGUCAUGUCUUGGGGAGUUGGCGGAACAUUUGUAACGAUAUUUCCAAAGAGCAGUCCUCGAUACGCCAUGGGGCAGACAAGUCCAGUUAUUGUACGCACGGUGGGCGAAGUUAAGGUUCAAAAUAUUAAGGAUCUUGACCCUCUUCAGGACCACCUAGUCAAGUUUCCUGGUCCUUUAAAAGGGAAGUCCAAGAAGAAGGAGGCAAUAUCUUGGCUCUCUGCUGGGAUCGAAUCCAUGGAAAAGGAGCUUCCAGAUGUCACUUUUCAUCCUCAGCUGUCUUUGGAGGCUAAACGUUCCAUCGAGCGGCUUUUGCUAUGGAGGCUGUUGAGAGUCUUCGUCGAACAUGAUGGCGUGCUUGAGGGCAGUCCGACAGUAGACAAGGCUGUUCGACUGAUCUUGAACCCUGACACCACUGAGGUGCGGAGUGAAGGCGCACCGCCUUUUGCGCCAGCAGAUACCGCAACGGCAGUAACCCCGAUGCAGGCAGAUGGUGUGGACUCAGGAGCCAUUGAAAAGAUUCGCUUCGACUUGCUCAAAGGCGAUCGCGAGACUGCUGUUUGGGCUGCCGUGGACAAGCGUCUCUGGGGUCAUGCCAUGAUCAUUUCUCAGACCGUCUCUCCGGAUCUGUAUAAACGGGUUGCGCAGGAAUUUGUUCGCAAGGAAAUCAACUAUCCCGGCCACAACAAUGAGUCUCUUGCUGCUCUGUAUAAGGUUUUGUCCGGCAACUUUGAUGAUUGCGUUGAUGAACUUGUACCUUCCCAUGCUCGUGCAGGACUGCAACUCGUGUCUACUGAAAACUCAUCUGGCUCUACCAAAGAUGCCAUGGAUGGCCUCGACAAGUGGCUUGAAACCCUGACUCUUAUAUUGAGCAACCGCAGCAAUGACGAUGUUCGAGGACUGAAUGCUUUGGGCAAGUUGCUGUCAAGCUAUGGACGAGCCGAGGCGGCGCAUAUCUGCUUCAUCUUUAGCAGGCAGCUGUCUAGUUUUGGAGGGCUUGAUGAUCCCAAGGCAGACUUUGUCCUACUGGGCUCGGACCAUCGCAAGCAUUCAGACCAAUUUGCCAAAGAGACUGAGGCUUUGCAGCUUAGUGAGAUCUACGAGUAUGGACUGACUCUUGCUGGAGGUGUAACCGCGACUGCGGGAGCGCCGCAUCUAGCGGCUUACAAGCUACAGCAUGCCAUGACUCUCGCCGAGUACGGCUUCCGCGAUAGGGCUCUGCAGUACUGUGAUGCGAUUGCUUCGGCGAUUGUUUCACAGACGCGCAGGUCUCCAUAUCAUCAUCCUAUUCUUGAGGCCUCAGUGGAAGAUUUGUUGGCAAGAUUAAAACAGGCACCCAAGGAAGCAUCCUCGUCCUGGAUUUCCAAGCCGACGAUGGGCAAGGUAUCUGACAGCAUGUGGAACCGAUUUAACAAAUUUGUCUCGGGAGAUGAGGAUGGCAAUGGCCAAACUGGGUCUGAUGGUGAUAACGGACCAUUUGCUCGGAUCGCUUCUUCACCAAACGUUUCUAGGCCGCCAUCAACUUCCAAUUUUGAUGUGUAUGGCUCUUCUCCGAGUCUUCCAUCCGCGUCUGCGCCCGUAGCUGGCGCAGCCGCCUCUCGAUACGCCCCAGCAACAACCGUGCCUUUCUCACCGGUACAAGUCAAUACAUAUGCUUCAGCCGCGCAGGGGCAACAUGCGUCACCACCAACCUCGACAAGCAAUGCCCGGAGAUAUGCCCCCAGCCCGUAUGAGGCAAUCCAUCCAAUAGCACCGGCAGCACAAUGUCAAACUGGUGGAUCUCAGCCCGUGGGCUACCCCGAGGCGGCUCAGCCAGCUGACCACCAGCCUGUUCAGCCAGCUUCGUCCUAUAUCCAACAGCAGCCAGCUUCUGUCAUGCCCACUCUAGGCUCUGGCGGGUACCACCCGAAUGGUCUUCAAGAGUCACCAGAUAUUCAACCCCAAUCCGGAGGUGAUGGCGUUGGUCAAGGAUACCAUUCGUCAUCUUACAGUUACGAACCUCCACAAAUGGUCCCGGCCCCCGUUGCAAAUGAGACUCAAGGGACUAGGGAUGGCGGAUAUGAGCCACCUUCGUUCCAACCGUAUGGCUAUGAGCCCCCUUCAGACCAGCCCGUUGUCGAAGGCGGUGACUCACCCAAGCCCAAGAAGAAAAGCUUCAUGGAUGACGACGAAGACGACAUAACCUCAGUGAGACAACCACAGGAGAAAUCGAAAGCGGAGAAGGACCGAGAGAAUGAGGAUAUGUUCCGAAAGGCAGCAGAAGAAGAUGCCAAGCGAGCAGCUGCAUCAGCCAGUGCUAAAAAGGGAUGGGGAUUUGGAGGAUGGUUUGGAGGCGGGAAAAAAGCCGAAGGCAACAUUGGCGAAGCUCAACCAGGCAAACCCAUCAAAGCCAAACUUGGUGAACAGAGCAGCUUCGUCUAUGAUCCAGAUUUGAAGCGUUGGAUCAACAAAAAGCCCGGCGCCGAGAACGUUGAAGCCAAAAAGGCUGCUCCACCCCCGCCACGGGGCGCUCCCCGCGCUGUGAGCGGCACUCCUCCUCCUCGAGCACCUGGCACGCCGCCUCCGCCUGCCGGACGAUCCAGCGUGCCUCCUAUGCCAUUCAGAUCUUCUGCAGGCAAUUUGGCGACCGCCCAGUCCAUGGAGAACCUGACUGGCGCUGCUGCCAUCGGGGCACCCCCUGCAGGCAUCUCACGAUCGGUAUCCAGCAAUGCCACGGCGUCGGCACCACCAUCCACUGGUCCGCCUAGUAGGCCCGCGACCAGUAUGAGCAAUGCAAGCAGCAUUGACGAUUUGCUCGGUGCGCCUGGACCAAGAAAAGCAGGUCCGAAGAAGGCGCGAAAGAGCGGUCGAUAUGUUGACGUUAUGGCCAAAUAG